AUGGGAAUAAUAAAUAGUAUUAAGGAAACGCUGUCCAAGGCUGUGUUCACUCCUUCAACUCUGUUAUCCGGUCGAGGCGGACUUCACAUGGCUCAGAUCCUUCUGUCUCUUGUCACCUUUCUACUGUCUGCCUUCAGAGGAAAAGGUACCCACUCAUACUGGAACUAUGCUAUGUUCACCUGGGCCUUCUGCCCCAUCAUGACCCUCAUCAUCACCAUUAUUGAGAUGUUCAAGCUGGACAUCAUACUCAAUCUGUUGUGCAUGGACUGGCCUGACUUCGCCACAGGCAUGGCCAUGUCCUCCACCCUCAUGACCGUGUCUGUCGCCAUCACAUUUGUCAACUUCUACGCCUGCCUGAAGUGCUUUUACAGCCUGAUAAUCUGUUUGUUCGCAAUCUUGGCUGGCGUUGUGUACACACUUGAAGUGGUGAAAGACAAAAUCUGUGACAAGAAGAAAGGGAGCUACCUGGCCGCUCUGCCUGGAUUCUUCAAGGUUUUGGAGGCGUUUGUGAGCUGCAUGAUUUUUGUCUCACUGACCGGUUUCAGAGACAAGCCGGCGCUGAUCAUAUGUGUUAUCGUCUACAUCAUUCCUUUCCCCAUCCUCCCUCUAAUCAUAGCCACCAACAUCCUGAAGAAACUGAAGACGUGUUUGCCCUUUAACCUGGACAGAUUUGUGUUUAUAUUCCUGGUGAUUUCAGUUGUGCUUUAUAUUUUUGCUGCUAUUGUGUGGCCUAUUUUUAUGUUCAGGAAUAACCCUCGGCCCAGUGACUGCCCCCCCAGCUACUGUAUCUGGGCCAUACAGUUCAUGGUUGCAUUUUUUACCUACGUCAAUCUUAUUUUGUUUUCAAUCGACCUCGUUUUCACCCUGCUUGGUAUCUGUGGCUUUAAACGCACAUAGUGGUGAGAUUCCUAACCCCGAUAUGACCUAUAACGGCAAAAAGAAUGUAUGAUGAAUACAACAUCUUCCCAUAGCAUUACAUUGUGUAUACGCGAUAAUUUCUAGCCUAUGAAAGAUUUAUAAGCUUUGUCUGCCCUUAGUCCACACUACAGCUUCAAAAAAAGC